ACGGUAGGCUGUGUUGAAUCGUGUUCUCUUGGCAAUUACUGAAUAAUAAUGUGUAUGCAAUAAGAGAUCCUGAUGUGGCUUUAUGUCCUUCCUUUGUUCCUGUGCUAUGGUGUGUCUGUUGCAUGGGGAACGGUUGUUGCAGGGCGAAAAAAUGGCAGACGAUAUGGCAAAGGAUGAAGAACUAUGACCCGAAGACAACAGAUUCAUCUUUCCAGUUGAAAUGCCAUUAUGUGCGAUAUUUGUAUGCCUACGAGCAGAAGAAAGUGCUUGGGAAGGAGGCAAAAUUGGAUAUACCAGAACUCACAAGGAAGUUUGGAACCAACUGCAUCGUCAAAAGCAUCCCUGGUGCUGCUUCACUCUUUGGCGAUCAGCAACUCGCAGUUCGGACGAAACGGGAGCCUCCUCGAAAACGGGAUCGAGAGCUGAAUGCAAAGCGCAAGCUUGCACGAUCCAGUUCACGAGUACGUCUCCCCUACAAGCGGCCCUUUUAUAAGCUGGCUCUGCAACAACAUGAGAUUGAGCAGGACCUGGCUUUGAUAUUGAACUCGAAGAGAAGACGGACGACGAGAGGGGCCAGUCACCAAGCUAUGGGUGCAAUUGAUGAUAUGUCUGCCUGCACGAUGCUCUUAUUACGGCUUCGGAAUCAUGAGCAUGGUGGGGAGUUCAAUCGGCCAGUCCCAAUGUCAAGCUGGCCGCAAGUGGCCAAAGACCGGUACUUACAGCUCGUCUCAUCCCCAAUCGAUCUCAGUAUGAUUCAGGCGAGGCUGAGCUGCGGUGAAUACAAUCAUCCUGUGCUAUUUGCAGAUGAUGUGCGUCUGGUGUUUCGUAAUGCAGCCAUGUGCGCCGAGGGCGAAAGCGGGCUAAUGAAGCGCACCAUUGAGCUCUGGCAGCUCUUUGAAAAGGAGGUUGUGGUGCAUGGCAUUGCAGCGGCAGAACCCAUUGCGGUUCCCCCGAUGCCGGGGCAAGGAGAGGGCCCCACCACAGCCAGAUCGAAAACACUUGAGGACAACACAGCAUGUUGUGACAGGCUGCCAGGAUUUCGGGUUUCGCCUUUGAGAAAGCCGCUAGUAAAGAGCAACAACACAGGACUUGUCCUGAAAAUGAUGUAUGCUCCGGCAGUCGGCGAUCCUGCACUGGACUCUGCAAAGCCGCGAACAAAAGGGAAAAUCUUCCGGAAACCAAAGAAGCUCCUCUCCUAUGAGGCCAUCGUCAACGGGUCUAGAUUGAUCCAGGACCAACAGAACAGUGCUGCAUCUGAAGGGAAAUCCUGGGACACGGGUUGCACCUCGGGAAUGCAUUCUUCUGUGGCAUUGUCCUCACCAGGAACAGAUUCACGACUUGUCGUGAAGUUAUCUCACGCAGCAACGAAAGGCGCUGACUUCGCAAAGGUGCCGGUUGGCAAAAGGAGCCUUCACCAACUUUCAAAAGUUGAUGAGAGUUCAGCAUACGUCAGCCGAACCAAUUUCGAUCACAUGGUUGCGCCCAUCGCCACUGUGCCAAGACUGGGUAGCAAUAGGAACAUACGAGGCCGCAAUAACACGGUCGAAGCUGCAGAUGAACCAGAGGUGGUUGAUGCACCGGCAGCUGAGGAGGUUCCCAGCUGCAGGGAAGCCUCAACAAGGGAGCAAAACACCUUCUUGAACAAACGGGCAGAUGGACGAAUUGACAGAUGGAAUGCGGAGCCACACAAGGAGGAACAGAUUCCGAAGUCGCGUUGUGAGAGCACUCUGUCUGUCUGCUCCACAGUGACAAGGGUGACAGGGGUGACAAGGGUGGGAGCCUGGCGAACUGCAGGGGAGAAGGUUCCAGCGAAACUUCCGGAGCAAAUAACUGUGAGGAGGGAGAAGAGUGGUUCGGGGAAAGGUUGUGGCGGCAAGAGUGCCAAGAGAGGUGGGCAGUUGUUUCCUUUUAAAGUGAAAGUGCAAGUCGAGCAUAGGAAAUCGCCGAAAAAGAGUGCGACAGAAGGGGGGGUGAGCAUGUCACCGUCUGAAGAGGAUGUUAUAACAUGCAGCGAGACCACUGUGGUAUCUUCUUUCGUACAGGCAUCUCCGGUCGGUGGUGAAGGAGGCGACGACAAAUUCUGCAUUGCUCAGGUGGAAAGGAUGCACACUGGCAGAAGCCGCCUGGAAGAACUGAAGGGGAGAUACUCUCCUGGCUUUGGAGCGGGGCCCUUGAUGUGGAAGAAGUCAAGGCCAAGGCCCUGCAGUCAAUCUCUACCAAAGUGUGGCACUUACGUUGUUCCACUGACCACUACGCUCCUUACGGAGGCAGCUGUGUCUACUGCAUUAUUGCCCAAUCGUGGCUCUGACGCCACACACCAGAUUCCCCGUGCCUCAGGUUGGCAACAAGAAGACGAUCGAGAGGAGGGCGAUCGUGGAGGAUGCCCAAUGAUGGAGGGCAAAGCAAUGUCCUCGCUGUCUGAAGGCACCCGAGCUCACUAUGAUGAGAGUGUUAGCACUGGGAGCGAGCAAUUGAAUUAUUUGAACAACGAGAAGCGCAAAGGUGUGAGAAUGCUGGACUCUUCGGGAGCAUGUGUGAGAGAACAUCAACAACAAGGUCUCAAUUCAUCGCAAAGUGAAUGGGCCAUGCCUGAAGAGAACAAACAGCGGGACGGAAGUGCAGGCGGCGGCGGAAGGGCACAGGAAGCUGAUGCCUGGGAUAUGCAAAGCGGCAAAUCAUACCGCCAUCUGCCAGAUCCCAGAUCAACUGGGAAUUUAUUGAUGGAGCCAAAGAGUCCUUCCACAUUUAGCUCAUUGCUGCCAAGCAUCCAGCCUCCCCAAAACUGGAAAAUGACCUCCCAUGGCACGACGGGUACCCUCUCGUGGAACAUGGCCUGUUUGUGAGACUACGCAUUGGUAAUGUACAGGUGUUGUGGUUUGUGUGCGUGCGUGCGGAGGUGGAGGUGGAGGUGGGGGUGGGGGUAAUUGAAGGCUGGUGUUUCAAGCAAGCACACACAACUACUCUAUGGCACGAAUGGAUUGUCCGCUUUUCAGCGGGGAACGCUAUGGCUAAUUUUUUUUGUUGUCGAGGAAAGCCAAGUCAGAGCUCUGCAAUUGUGAGGUGGAAUUGAGAUAAGAUUCUCUCGUAUAUAGUUAUUUUUGCAAGCAAUCUUUUGGGAUAAUCCUUCCAGCAAUCGAUUGGGGCAAAAAGUGUGCAGAUUGCUGUUGUAUGGUGAAUGGAGAAGCAUUGGAGAUGUAUGGUUGGUCAUGAACUCCAAAUGAACUGCGCGCUUGUAUGAAAUAAUGCGUGCACACUGCACACACUGCACACACUGCACACACUGCACACACUGCACACACUGCACGCUUGCCUUGCUUGCUGCAUUUGGAGUCGGGAAGUGCUGAUUGUGUGUGCGUGUGUGUACGCUAGAUAGAACAUAGAAAGUCUUCUUCGGUUCGGCCUUGCGUGGCUUGCAAUUAGGUCUCAGGUCUAACUAUAACCAAGACAAGAAGAUUAGUGGUGGUGCAACUCCAACGCCACAUAACAGAUGCCGAUGCCGUCGUCCUAAGAAACGCUGCGUAUGGAAAUGGUGAUGCUUUUUGUGUACAGGGCGGGAUUUCUGAGCGCCUAUGUGAAACAGAAUGUUAGGAACCUAACAAUUCCUUUUUUUUUCCUCAAUAGAGCGGAUCGAGGGAAUCCUCUAAUCU